AUGACCUCCUAUCUUCGCAACUGGCUCUACAGCGGGACAUCCUCUGCCGAGCCUGAAACCCCUCCGGUUCCCACUUUCCAGACAUUUUCCCCUCCUGCUUCAGACGACGGAGAGGGCGAAGACACGGAAACGGAACAGCAAGAUGACGACACCCCACCCGCAUUUCCUAGUCUGAACAGCGCCCAGAGGGUGCAGUCUGCUAAGAUGCCGGGUUUCUUGAGCGAUUCAGAGCGUAUGCCUCCCCCGCCGGUGCCCUCGCUCUCUGUACGGCGGCCCGGCGUUCCCAAUCCACCCUCAAGUGGCUCAUCGCUCCUGGUGCCCACUACAACCACAAAACCUCCACCGAAACCCUCUAAAAAGGCAGGUGGGAAGGUUGCGCUGUCUCCGGGACACAGCCCUCUAGAUUGGGCGGCUCUGAAGUCCUCUGGGGCAGAUCUAAGAGGCGUUGACAGCUUGAUGCGUAUACCUCCUUCUGUUCUAAAGAAACAUAACAAGCGUGAUGAUGCUUGGUCGGCGUUCAAUGGAAAGGUUUACAAUAUGACUGCGUAUCUACCAUUUCAUCCAGGCGGGGAAAGAGAGCUGAUGCGUGUUGCUGGGAGGGACGGAACUCAACUUUUCGCUUCCACCCAUGCUUGGGUUAAUGUUGAUUUCAUGCUAGACUCGUGUUUGGUUGGGUUCCUAGUUCCCGAACCGCCUUCCCCUUGA